CGACUACGUCCUCCGCGCCUCCCUCCCGAAGCGCGGCCUCGCGGGAACCCCGCCCUGGGCCGCGGCCGGGCCCGCCGCCGUCCACGGAGCUUCAGGUAGAGCCGAAAGAUACACAAAGAAGCAGUUUCUGUAUUGCUGAGAAGCCCAUGUCCAUCUCACCUGAAACAGUGAAUAAUAAAGUGAAAUCACAGCAAUAACUGGACAAGGAAGAGAAGCUAAGCAUGGAUUAUCUGGCCAUUGAUAUUGAGGAAGAAGCCAAGACUACUGAGGAUACUUUCCAGUCCCCAAAACAGAGCAUAGAAAAAAUGGAACCUACUAUUGAGCUCCUUCCUGUUGAGUUCCAGGAAUUAGUGACAGUCAAGGAUGAGGAAAUGGAUUUUACCCAUGUGGAAGUGGAACAGCUGAAUUCUGCCCAUAGGUACAUGGGCCUGGAUAUGAAGGUGGAGAAUUGUGGGAGCCUGGUAUUUUGGGACUCUGAAUCUAUUCCUGAAGCCAAAGAGUCCCUUUCAAAACAGAAUGUUUAUGAAGAAGUAUCAUCUGAAAGGGAACUGAUAAUAGAAAGACUUAAGAAGGAUGAUUUUUGGGACUCCAGAUUAAUAGAAACCUGGGCAUGUGAAGGCACGUUAGAAAAGCAGCAAGGAAAUCAGAAGGAUGAUUUAAGUCAAGUCAUAAUUAAACACAAGAAAAAUCCUAUGGAGGAUUGUAAUGAAAUUGGGGAAAGUUCAAACUCAAUUAAACAUCAGAAAGUUUACUCAGUGAAAAAGCCUUGGAAGUGUAAUGACUGUGGGAAGUCCUUCAGUUACUAUUCAGCCUUUAUCCUACAUCAGAGAAUUCACACUGGAGAGAAGCCCUAUGUAUGUAAUGAAUGUGGAAAGGCCUUUAAUCGGAGCUCAUCACUUAUUCAGCAUCAGAGAAUUCACACGGGAGAGAAACCCUAUGAGUGUAAUGAAUGUGGGAAAGCUUUCAGUCAUCGUUCAGCCCUUAUUCAACAUCAUAUCAUUCACACUGGAGAAAAGCCCUAUGAGUGCAAUGAAUGUGGCAAGGCCUUCAACCAAAGCACAUACCUUAUCCAACAUCACAGGAUACACACUGGAGAGAAGCCCUAUAAAUGCAAGGAAUGUGGGAAAGCUUUCAAUGACACCUCAUCCCUUAUUAAACACCAAAGGGUUCAUACUGGAGAAAAACCCUACAGAUGUAAAGAGUGUGGAAAAGCCUUUAGUGACAGGUCAGGCCUUACUCAACAUCAGAGAACUCAUACAGGGGAAAAGCCAUAUGAAUGUAGUGAAUGUGGGAAAGCUUUCAGUUACUGUUCAGCUCUUAUUCAACAUCAGGGGACCCAUACUGGGGAGAAACCUUAUAAAUGUAGUGAAUGUGGCAAGGCCUUCAGUGACCGCUCAGCUCUUGUAAGACAUCAGAGGAUUCAUACUGGAGAGAAACCUUACAAAUGCAAAGAAUGUGAGAAAGCCUUCAGCCAGAGCUCAUCUCUUACAAAGCAUCUGAGAACUCAUACUGGAGAGAAACCAUAUAAAUGUAUUGAUUGUGACAAAGCCUUCAGCCAGAGUUCAUCUCUUAUUCAACACCAGAAAACCCAUACAGGACUAAAAUCCUACAAAUGUAAGAAAACUUUCAAUGUCCGCUCAGCUCUUCAUCGACAUAAAGUAAAUUCAUGAAAUGAUGUAUUCUUAUCUGACUAUAUAAAGCUGUUUUGAAUAUUUCUGGGUAUAGUAUAAAAACAGGGAAGACUGUGCCACACACACACAAACCCUCUUCCUUAAAAUGCUAUUCGAUAUGGGAGAGGACAAAAGAUAUAUAAGGAUAUUUCAGUUAUAAAACAGAAAUAGCUGAAGCAGUAGAGAAGGGAAUUUCUAGGGGAGCUCAGAAGGAGAAAAUCUAGUUUACUCAGAGAAUCAGAGUUCAGGAGCUGAACGUCUAAUACCCAUAGAAGAACUAAUCAGAGGAGCAGACUAAACAUUACUUGCUCCUAGGCUAUAGUAGUUUGAAAUAGUAGUUUCAAUCUGAAGCCAAAGUGGGGAGGAUCAAGAUCCCAAAGAAGAAAAUUAUCAGGAAGUUUCUCUAGGGAAAUAGAAAAACUUUCUCUACCCCUGUACUCUACUUGUUCACUCGAAUGUUUGCAAACAUUUAAAGUAGUGGUUUUAAUCAUCUGAGAAAUUUUUAAAUAUACCUGGGCCCCAGCCCCAGAGAUUUGGGUUAAAUUUAGCUGGAGUGUAGCCUAGGUAUUGGGAAUUUUAAAACCUCACAGGUAAUUCCAAUGUGCUGGCAAAGUUAAGAAACCACUGAUUUAGAGUUCCAGCACAAGGAUCAACUCCAUGAGAUAGGAGGUGACAGGAUUAUAGCAGUCUGUAUUAGCUCCCGGCUCUUUAUGUCCUUGUUUUCUGCUUACCUCCGCCUCUUGCUCAUUAUAUAACAUCUUUUUGGUCUGAUUUUUGAUUCCUUUGCUUGGAUGUUUUUGUUUUUCCUAACUUCAUGUGUACAAACACGCCUGCCUGAUCCUAACUUUUGCUCUAUCCCUGAACCUUGCCAAAUGUGUUCCUUUAAGCUUAGUUACAGCUUUCUCAGCUACUUCUACCUAGCAGGCUCAUGUAUUGUACUUGCUACCCAUGGUCCAAUAGUGGCAAAUAUUAACCACUGGAAACAAGCUUAGAGGAGGAUUUAUAUGCCAGAAUCAGGAAUGAAGACAAUGACUAGAUGACUUUCAAAGAGUUAAACUUUUGACUGCAAUUGUAUAUUUUUUGUCUUAGAAUUUCAUGAAAUAUGGUGGUGUCCAAGAAUUAAUACUGAACAUCAAGGGAUAUAGGUGGGAGGAAAGAAAAAAAAAAAUCCCUAUAUUUUACAUGAGGUAUGAUAAUAACUUUAAGGAGAUUGUGAGAAAUUCAGAUGAUAAUGUAGUCCAAGUGGAACACCCAUUAAAAUGUGGUGCAAAUAGAGGAAUUAAAUUGCUUAGUAAAGAAUGGUUAAUCCAAAAGAAAGCAGAAGAGAGAAACAAACAUGGGACAAAGAAUAAACAGCAAAAUGAUAGACCCAAAUUCAACCAUAUCAGCAAUUAUAGGAAAGAAACACUACAAAUGAAACUGAAUAAAGGAGCAUCACUCAACUGUAUCUAAAUUAGUUAUACUUUAACUACAAACACUGUUAGGAAUUAAAAGUUUGAAAGAUGAACAAAGAUAUAUAGUAAAAUUGUAUAUAAUGAUAAAGCUGGAGUGGCUAUAUUAAUAUCAGAUAAAGUAGAAUUCAAGAAGAGGGAUAUUAUAUAUGUAGGACAUUUUAUCCUGAUAAAAGGGUCAGUUCAUCAAGGGUAAUAAUGGUUAAAAAGUGUAAAGGGGGGGCCUCCCUGGUGGUGCAGGGGGUUAAGACACAACCUAUGAAGCUAUCGGCAGCCACUGCAGCAUGAGUUCGAUCCCUGGCCGGCCAGGGAGCAACCCACAUGGCGCAGUAGACCUCUCCUGAUUCACCCGCUGCUCCCCUCAGCAGUGUGUUUCAGUCAGGUCUGUCCUGUUCCCCACUCUGUCUCUGGUGAAUGCUUUCACCCCCCCAUACCUCUGGCCUGUACCCCAGUUCUUACAUGCAUAAAUAAAUAAAUCUUUUUAAAAAAGUGUAACAGGGUUACAAUUAUCGAUAUAAUAUUACUGUUUUAUAUUGUAUGAUUUAUAAUUUUAAGGGUUUUUUUUAAAGAUUUAUUUAUUUUUAUACAAGAACUGGGGUACAGGCCAGAUGCACAGGAGGGUGAGAGGAUUCACUGGAGACAGAGUGGGGAACAGAACAGGCAGACUGAAGAAAUACACUGCUGAGGGGAGCAGCGGGUGAGACAGGAGGGGUCUGCUUUGCCAGGUGGGAUUCUCACCGGCGGGCCGGGACGACAGCUUCACAGUGCGGGGCUCAACUGCCUGCACCACCAGGGAGGCCCUAAUUUUAAGUUAUUAAUAUAUAUGUGCCCAGUAGUAGCAGGACUUCCAAAAUCACAAGCUAAAAACUGACAGAAUUAAAGAAAAAAAAUCUAUAGCUUAAUGGUUGGAUAAUUUAACACUCCAUUUUCAGCAAUUCAUAGAACAAUUAGACAAAAAAUAUUAAAGGUAUGGGAGAGCUACCAGUGAACUGAUUGACGUAUGUAGAACAUACAACAACCCAGAAUGCAUACUGUAUGCAAAAAUUAAAUAGAGCUGCAUCAGAGCUCUAAAUGUAAAAACUAAACUAUACAACCUUUAAAAGAAAGCACAGGAAAUUAUCAUGACUCGAGGACAAAGAUUUCUUAAGGCAAAGAAGCAGUAACUAUACAUUUAAUAAGUACAUGAAAAAUGUUCCGCAUCAUUAGUUACUGAGGCAAUGCCAGUUCAAACCACAAAGAGAUACUACUACAACUCUCAAAUACAACUAAUUGUUACUGCUAACUGGUUUAUGUUGCUGUUUAAUAAUGGCAUUUGUGUAACAUAAGAGUAAUUCCAAGUAACAUGUUAUGUACUUACCUAUUUUUCACAUUUUUACAUUAAAAUAUGUCAACAAAUUGAAGCUUAAACUGCGAAAAGCAAGAGUUUAUUUCAGAGGGGGGAGGGCUUAGGAAUUGCUCUUUGGGAGACAGAUUCAAGAUGCCCUUGAAUUGUGUACCCCAA